UCUUUCCGGGCCCGCGGGGGCUGGGUUCCAUCAGACCCUAAGGAUUGUACCUGGGCCGUAGUAGAAAUUGCCUGAGCCUUGGGGGCGAGGACGGGAUCUCCCCGCAGUUCAGUUCUGCAGGAAGAGAGAAGCUGCAAACUUCUAGGCUGAUGAUUCUGGAUGCUGCAAGGAAAACCUAGUUUCUCAUGUUCUCUUUCCCAUCUCAGUCAUCUAAGGACACUGCCAUUUCCCAAGGGAAGAGUCAAGAGCAGGAAAGAAUGGCUGUUGGACUUCUUAAAACCAUGUACCAGGAGUUGGUGACCUUCAGGGAUGUGGCCGUAGACUUCUCCCAAGAGGAGUGGGAUUGUCUAAAUUCUUCUCAAAGGCAUCUGUACAGUAAUGUGAUGUUGGAGAACUACAGGAUCUUGGUAUCACUGGGACUUUGCUUUUCUAAGCCAAGUGUGAUAUUAUUGUUGGAACAAGGGAAAGAGCCCUGGAUGGUGAAGAAAGAGCUGGCAAAAGGCUUGUGCUCAGGCUGGAAAUUUGUGUAUGAGAGUGAAGAAUUAACCCCAAGGCAGGACAUUUACAAAGCACAGUCAUCUCAGAGGAUAACAGAAAAACUUACAAGCUGUGAUCUUGAGUACUCCGAUUUGAGAGAGGAAUGGAAGUGUGAGAGCCAUUCUGAAAGGCACCCAGGGAAUCAGAAGGUGCAUUUCAAAAAAGAGACAAAUACUAAUGAAGAAGCCCUUGUUUAUGAAAGAGGACAAGAAUAUAACAAAUCUUGGCAAAUAUUCCAUCUGAACACACUGCUUCAUACACAACAGAUACUUCCAAAAGAGGAGAAAGUACAUAAACGUGACACAUAUAAGAAAAGCUUUAAAAAAAAUUUAAUGGCUAUUAAACCCAAGAAUAUCUAUACAGAGAAGAAACUUUUGAAAUGUAAUGACUGUGAAAAAGUUUUCAGCCAGAGCUCAUCCCUUACUCUUCAUCAAAGAAUUCAUACUGGAGAGAAACCCUAUAAAUGUGUAGAGUGUGGGAAGGCCUUCAGCCAGAGAUCAAAUCUUGUUCAACAUCAGAGGAUUCAUACUGGAGAGAAACCCUAUGAAUGUAAGGAAUGUAGGAAAGCAUUUAGUCAGAAUGCUCACCUAGUUCAACAUCUAAGAGUUCAUACUGGAGAAAAACCUUAUGAGUGUAAGGUGUGUAGGAAAGCCUUCAGCCAGUUUGCCUACCUUGCUCAACAUCAGAGAGUUCAUACUGGAGAGAAACCCUAUGAAUGUAUUGAAUGUGGGAAAGCAUUUAGCAAUAGAUCAUCCAUUGCUCAACACCAGAGAGUUCAUACUGGUGAGAAACCUUAUGAAUGUAAUGUGUGUGGGAAAGCAUUUAGCCUUCGUGCAUACCUUACUGUACAUCAGAGGAUACAUACUGGAGAAAGACCCUAUGAAUGUAAGGAAUGUGGGAAGGCCUUCAGUCAGAAUUCACACCUUGCUCAACAUCAGAGAAUUCAUACCGGAGAAAAACCUUAUAAAUGUCAGGAAUGUAGGAAAGCAUUCAGCCAGAUUGCUUACCUUGCUCAACAUCAAAGAGUUCAUACUGGAGAGAAACCCUAUGAAUGUAUUAAAUGUGGGAAGGCUUUUAGCAAUGACUCAUCCCUUACCCAACAUCAGAGAGUUCAUACUGGAGAGAAACCUUACGAAUGUAAUGUUUGUGGAAAGGCUUUUAGUUACUGUGGAUCCCUUGCCCAACAUCAGAGAAUUCAUACUGGAGAGAGACCCUAUGAAUGUAAGGAAUGCAAGAAAACCUUCAGGCAGCAUGCACACCUUGCUCAUCAUCAGAGAAUCCAUCUUGGGUUGUCACUUUCACUGCCUAAUUCAGUCAAUCACCAAGUCUUGUAGACCCUAUUAUAAAUAUUUCAGGAAUUUAUACUUUUUUCUCCAUCUUUAAUGUCACCCUAAUUUAAGAUCCAUUUCA